AUCGAAUUGUUUUGGCGGGAAUUCUUGAUGAUCUCUCGUCUACAAUUUUUAAUGUUAAUGUAAACAAUAUUAGCCAAAUUGCACAUUUAUUUUAGUUAUGUGUAAUAGGUAUCUAAUUGUAAAUUCACAAUCAUAAUGGCAGCACUUCAACAGACGCGCAGUGAAGUGAACAAUGCGUUUAAACUCAGUGGUUUUACGAUCAGACGGGAAGCAAGUACAUUUGUAGCUGAGCAGUUGGUUGGAUUAUCUUAUCAAGAGCGAAAGAAAAUGAUCGAUAAAUUAAUAGCACACCUUUUACACCAGUGCCUUUCGCAGCCCGUGCUUGAAAAACAACACGUAGAAGUUGCCUACAGAGAGUGUUCAUCUUCCGGCCUGGAGGAGACGGAAACAGUGCUCAAUGUUAUAGACGCAUUCAGCAUUCCUAAGCUCCUGUACGACAAUGAGAGGAAGCGGUUCUCCAAGGACACUAAUGCUGUUAACCACUUAUAUCCUGAACCAAAGUGGAAGGCACAGUUUUUAAUCGACAGGUAUACAAUAAUAUGGCAGAGAACAAUAAGGAUCAAAUUAUUUGCGAAAGAAGCAUUAUCAUCUAUGGAAAGCGAAAACGAAUUUCAGUUGCGCAAGAUUGAGGUUUUACUAAGUUCUUCGAGUAGAGUCAAUGACGUCAUAGUCCUGGGGUUAUUGACCCAAUUGACUGAAGGAAAGUUUUAUUUAGAAGACCCUACGGGCAGUGUUCUUCUAGAUAUGACCCAGACAAGUUAUCAUUCUGGACUUUUUACUGAAAGCUGUUUCGUUCUCGCUGAAGGAUAUUAUGACGACAAAGUCUUUCAUGUAAUGGGCUUAUUUUUACCACCGGCUGAAAGUCGAGCCACGUCUCAACCAUUUUUCGGAAACCUAAACACUUUUGGAGGAAAAUCAAAAAGUUUAUUGAAAAAUUCGCAGAAUUUACUAAAAAUUGAGCAAGAAAAUGAAGAUGGGAUGAUCGUUUUUCUUUCCGACGUCUGGUUUGAUAAUCUCAAAGUCAUAUCUAAGUUGAAAACUUUAUUCUCCGGUUUUAAUGAUUGUCCACCCAUAGCCAUCGUAUUUUUAGGCGAAUUUUUAUCAUGUCCAUAUGGAUAUGAGCAUAGCACUCAAUUGAAAGCAGCGUUAAGUAACUUGAGUGAUAUUUUAUACCCAUAUACAAAGCUAAGACAAGAGUGUAAGUUUAUUUUUGUACCUGGCCGAGGUGAUCCGGUCGCUCCAAAUAUAUUACCAAGACCGGCAAUUCCGAACUCCAUCACAAAAGAUAUAAGAGAUAAACUGGGUGAUUCUGUCAUUUUUACCUCGAAUCCGUGUAGAAUACAGUAUUGCACACAAGAGAUAGUUGUUAUAAGACAGGAUUUGGUCACUAAAAUGUGUAGAAACUCAAUACAUUUUCCUGAAACUGGUGAUAUACCAGAUCAUUUGACGAAGACUUUGUUAAGUCAGUGUACAUUGUCGCCUUUAUCUCUAGGGGUCCAACCAGUUUAUUGGAAGAAUGCAGAUGCAUUAUCGCUGUAUCCAAUACCAGAUUUGGUAGUAGUGGCCGAUCACUUUCAGCCGUAUACCAGAAUGUGUGAAAAGUGCCAAGUCAUGAAUCCAGGGUCGUUCCCUCGUACUGAGUAUUCGUUUAAAGCGUAUGUACCUUCUUCAAGAACGAUUGAGGACUCGCAAAUUCCUAAUGAUGAUACUUGAAAUUGUUUGGAUCUAGAGAAUUGUUACUGUGAUACUGAAUAUAAAAUGUUUUUUAUUAAUAAACUCAAUUAAC